GAUGAUACGGGGAAUCCCCGACUCCAAUAUUGGCCCUUCUCUACUAGUGACCUAUAUAACUGGAAAACCCAGAAUGCCCGAUUUUCUGACAACCCUAAAGAUUUAAUAAGUCUCUUAGACAGCGUUAUGUUUACUCACCAACCCACCUGGGAUGAUUGUCAGCAGCUCCUCCGAAUCCUGUUCACUACCGAGGAGCGAGAAAGAAUUCAAUUGGAAGCAAGAAAGCUGGUUCCUGGGGAUGACGGCCAACCCACUGCUAACCUUGAUCUCAUUAACGCAGCUUUUCCCUUGACCCGACCCCCACAGGAUGGCUGGGACUACAACACGGCAGAAGGUAGGGGACGGCUGCGCAUUUAUCGCCAGACUCUAAUGGCGGGUCUCCGGGCUGCUGCACGCAAGCCCACAAAUUUGGCAAAAGUGUAUUCAAUAAUACAAGGUAAGACAGAGAGCCCUGCCGCUUAUUUAGAAAGAUUAAUGGAAACCUUCAGACAGUAUACCCCCAUGAACCCCGAGGCCCCCGAAAAUCAAGCUGCUGUUGUAAUGGCCUUUGUAAAUCAAGCAGCCACUGAUAUUAAAAAGAAACUCCAGAAGCUAGAGGACCUGGAGGGAAAACAGAUUCAGGACUUACUCCGCAUUGCCCAGCGUGUCUAUAAUAAUAGAGAGACUCCAGAGGACAGGCAACUUAAAGCCACCGAGAAAAUGACCAAAGUCCUGGCUACUGUUGUCCAAAAGCCCCUGGAUAAACGCAAGCCCCUAGAUAAGGACCAAUGCGCCUAUUGCAAAGAAAAAGGCCACUGGGCCCGAGAAUGCCCUUCGGAUCCCCUCCCCGAACCUAGGGUAACGCUACAAGUGGAGGGGAACCCAGUUCAAUUCUUAGUCGACACAGGGGCACAACAUUCGGUCUUGAUCAGACCCCAUGGAAAAAUCUCUGAAAAAUCUUCCUGGGUCCAAGGGGCUACUGGAAUAAGAAAAUAUCCCUGGACCACCCAGAGAACUGUGGACCUAGGAAAUGGAAAGGUCACCCAUUCCUUCCUAGUCAUCCCUGACAGCCCGUGCCCCUUAUUAGGAAGAGACUUACUCACUAAAAUGGGGGCCCAGAUUCAUUUUACGCCAGGGGGCCCCCAAGUGACUGGCUCUCACAACCAACCCAUUACCAUACUUACUCUGAGAUUAGAAGAUGAAUAUCGACUCCAUCAGGGGCCACCCUCACAAAGUCAAAACAUAGAGCCCUGGCUCCAGCAGUUUCCAGAAGCAUGGGCUGAAACCGGGGGUAUGGGGUUGGCUAAACAUCGCCCAGCUCUAUUCAUAGAGUUGAAACCGGGGGCAGAUCCAGUUCGGGUCCGACAAUACCCGAUGUCAAUGGAGGCCAAAAAGGGCAUCACACCACAUAUCCGUCGCCUCCUAGACUUAGGCAUCUUGCGUCCCUGCCAUUCAGCCUGGAACACCCCCCUGCUGCCCGUACGAAAACCUAACAGUGCAGACUACCGUCCGGUACAAGACCUGAGAGAAGUUAACCGCCGAGUCAUGGACAUACACCCAACAGUACCCAACCCCUAUACCCUCCUAAGUGCCCUCAGUCCAGAAAAACAAUGGUAUACGGUCCUUGAUUUAAAAGAUGCUUUUUUCAGCCUGCCUCUGGCCCCCAAAAGCCAGGAGCUCUUCGCCUUCGAGUGGUUCGACCCUGAGAGAGGCAUAAAUGGGCAACUCACCUGGACCCGGCUCCCCCAAGGAUUUAAAAACUCACCCACCUUGUUCGAUGAGGCACUCCACGAGGAUCUGGGUGAGUACCGGAAUCAAAACCCCGAAGUAACUCUCUUACAGUACGUUGACGAUCUUUUAAUCGCCGCUGAGACUGCCGAAGCUUGCUUGCAAGGCACCAAAAAUCUCCUCCGGACACUUGGUGCCCUGGGGUACCGGGCUUCAGCAAAGAAAGCCCAAAUUUGCAGAUCCGAGGUAACCUACUUGGGGUAUCUGUUAAGGGAAGGCCAACGAUGGCUCACUGAUGCACGGAAGGAAACCGUUCUCCGCAUCCCCCGACCCACGACCCGAAGGCAGGUAAGAGAGUUCCUGGGAUCAGCCGGGUUCUGCCGCUUGUGGAUACCUCGGUUCGCCGAGAUGGCUAAGCCUCUUUACUUGGUCACCCGAGAACAGGCGCCCUUUGAGUGGACAGAGGAAACUGAGCAGGCUUUCCAGCAAAUUAAACUCGCCCUGUUGUCGGCACCAGCCUUAGGGCUCCCCGAUGUCUCCAAACCUUUUCAUCUCUUCGUAGAUGAAAAUAAAGGGGUAGCCAAAGCAGUGCUGACGCAACUCCUUGGCCCAUGGCCCAGGCCUGUUGCCUAUCUUUCAAAAAGACUGGACCCAGUAGCGGCUGGCUGGCCUCCUUGCCUCCGUAUGAUAGCUGCUACAGCUCUAAUGGUAAAGGAUGCUGAUAAGUUAACUAUGGGACAAGAGUUACAUAUCACAACCCCUCAUGCCAUCGAGGGAGUCCUCAAACAACCUCCUGACCGAUGGAUUAGUAAUGCCCGACUGGUUCACUACCAGGGACUAUUAUUAAAUCCCCUCAGAAUCAUUUAUGCUCCCACCAGAACACUAAACCCUGCCUCCCUGUUACCAGACCCGGACUUAGAUACCCCUCUCCAUGACUGCGCUGAGAUAUUGGCACAGGUUCAUGGAGUUCGGGAAGAUUUACAGGAUCAUCCACUGCCAGACGCCGAAGUUACCUGGUUCACUGACGGCAGCAGCUUUAUACAUCAAGGUCAAAGGUACGCGGGGGCAGCAGUCACAACUGAAACUGAGACUGUUUGGGCAGAGCCUUUGCCAGCUGGCACCUCUGCCCAACGGGCUGAACUUGUGGCCUUAACCAAGGCACUGACUUUGGGAAAAGACAAGAGACUAAACGUGUACACCGAUAGCAGAUAUGCUUUUGCUACGGCCCACAUACAUGGAGGUAUAUACAGAGAGAGGGGACUGUUAACUGCAGAGGGGAAAACCAUCAAAAACAAAGAAGAAAUAUUGGCUCUUUUAAAGUCACUCUGGCUGCCUAAACGACUAGCCAUCAUACAUUGCCCAGGCCACCAAAAACCGAUCACACCGGUGGCCAGAGGAAAUAAUCUGGCUGACCAGGUGGCCCGAGAGGUGGCCUUACAGGUGGACUGUGCUUUAAUGACCACCCUACCAGACCCCGGUCCAGCUAGUUUACCAGAAAGUCCCACCUACACUAAAAAAGACCUAGACUGGAUCCAAAAAUUGCCUAUGACUCAGUGCCUUAACGGAUGGUGGAGAGCAGCAGACUGUAGCAUAAUCCUCCCAGAGGAAAUGGGAAAUAAAGUCUUAUCCAAGAUGCACCGAGCCACUCAUAUGGGCACGAGAAAAAUGCAAGACUUAAUAAGACAUGCUAGGAUCACCAUCAAAGACUCUAGGACAAAAAUCGAACAGAUAGUUACUAGCUGUAAAGCUUGUCAACUAACCAACGCCACCAACCACGGGAAAAACCCUGGCUCAAGAACUCGUGGAACCAGGCCGGGAGCCUAUUGGGAAGUAGACUUCACUGAGGUAAAGCCUGGAAAAUAUGGAUACAAAUAUUUGCUAGUGUUUAUAGACACCUUUUCAGGAUGGAUAGAGGCCUUCCCCACCAAGCAUGAGACUGCGCAGGUAGUAGCAAAGAAAAUGUUGGAAGACAUCAUGCCCAGGUACGGAUUCCCUACCCUAAUAGGAUCAGACAACGGACCAGCAUUCAUUUCAAAGGUAAUACAAGGGAUAGCGCAGUUUAUUGGGGCCGAUUGGAAACUACAUUGUGCAUAUAGACCCCAAAGUUCAGGACAGGUAGAAAGAAUGAAUAGAACCCUAAAAGAGACCCUAACCAAAUUGACCAUGGAGACUGGCGCUAACUGGGUAGUCUUACUCCCCUACGCUCUGUUUAGGGUGCGGAACUCCCCUUACAAACUUGGAUUGACCCCCUUUGAAAUCAUGUAUGGAGUGCCCCCCCCUAUAAUUCCCAACCUACAGUCUAAUGUGUUAACUGAAUUUGAUGAUUAUGAACUUCUUAUUUCCCUGAGGGAACUCCAGCACACCCACCAGGAAGUUUGGCCCAGAUUGAGAGCUAUUUAUGAGAACGGGCCCCCUCCUGAGCCGCAUCACUACCGACCCGGAGAUUGGGUAUACGUGCGGAGACACCAGCAAGAGACCCUCCAACCACGGUGGAAGGGACCCUACAUUGUGAUCCUAACCACACCCACUGCUCUCAAAGUCGACGGGAUUGCUACCUGGAUCCAUUACACCCACGCCCGACCAGCUGAUCCCUUUGCGGUUCAAAAAGACUUCGUGCCGGAAGCCAACACCACCUGGACGGUUGACCAGAACUGUUGCAGCAGCUCCGGACCCACAAUGAUCGGAGGAACACUCAUUAGCGUGCUCCUGCUCACCUCCUACGGACUGAUAAGUAUUGCGAGCAACCCCCAUAUACCCUAUACUUUAACUUGGGAGGUUUCUAAUUGGGAGACCCAUGAAGUCUAUAAUACUACCACAAAGACAGAUGUUCCCUUAAAUACCUGGUGGCCGGAUCUCUAUUUUAAUUUAGAACAGGUGGCUAAGUCAGUCGGACUAGACCACGGGAGGGGAAAGGAAGUAAGAAAUUUCUUAAGCGAAACAGGGUUUUAUGCAUGCCCUGGGUUUGGACAGAAAGCUCGCUCCAUAUGUGGGGGAAUUCUCAGCUACUACUGUAAGUCCUGGAGUUGUGUCACCGCCAAUGACGGUAAAUCAAAAUGGAAGGUAAUACCUCUUUACAUCGACAUGUCAUUUAUCAAGCCCUGUGACAUAGGCUUUUCCGGCCGAGGAUAUUACUCAGAAAAUUGUAACCUUGUCCGUAUCAAAUUUCUAGAAGAUGGAAAAAAAGAAACUAGAUGGACCAAUGGGCUUACUUGGGGAAUCUAUUUAUAUCGGGGACCACCCCACUAUGCAACUGUUAUUCAGAUAAAACUAAAGAUACAACCCAAGGUUCUACCAGUGUUAGUAGGACCGAAUCCAGUAAUAAGGGCCACAAGUGAGCCUACUACUACUCCAGGGCCCACUAGUAAGCCUACUGACACCACGGGCAAGGGUACUAGUUCUUCGACCACUCAGGUGACCCCGAAAAAACCCCAAAAAAUUCAAAUCCCAUUCAAAGAUGACCCCUUAUGGGCACUUCAAAUGCACAACACAAAUGCAGAAAAAGACGACGGCCCCACCAGUCAUAAAAUAAUCGGUGAUCAGUUCCUGGUCCAAGAUACAGCUGCUCCUGCCCAAGGUUACAUCAGCAAACUGAAACUCAGAUAA